AUGUCUGACGCCACCUCAAAUUCCGACGACGAGACCAGUCUUUCCAGCGUCGAAGAGCUCGUCGACCAGCUAUCCGACAUCUCGCAUAGACCGCCGCCCUCAAAGGCAGAUCAAGAGAAAGCCGCCAAGAUCAAGGACGGGGCUAACAAGAUCCUGGCUACGGGUAACUACCGACUAGCCGUCGAACUGUACACCCAGGCCAUCGAGUUGGAUCCGACUAAGGAGGUCUAUUGGGCUAAUCGCGCUCAGGCAAACAUCAAAGAAGAAUCAUAUGGUGCAGCAAUUGCCGAUGCGACAGAAGCUAUCCGGAUCAACCCAGACUACAUCAAAGCCUACUACCGCCGAGCGACCGCUUAUGCGGCCAUCAUCCGCCCCAAGGACGCGCUGAAAGACUACCAGACAGUAGUCAAGCGUGCUCCCGGUGACAAGAGCGCUCGCGCAAAACGUGACGAGUGCCAGAAGAUCGUUCGCAGACUCGCGUUUGAAGCUGCGAUUGAAGUCGGCGAACAGCCGUCAGUCGCUGAUAGUAUAGAUUAUGCGUCGAUGGUGGUUGAUGAUGGCUAUGACGGUGUUAGACUCGAGUCGGCCACCGAAAAGGCAGAGGAUGGCAAGUCGCCGAAGCUCGUCAUGACGCUUGAUUUCAUCAAGGACAUGAUUGUGCGAUUCAAGGCCGGAAAAAGACUGCAUCGCAAAUACGUGUUUGCAAUCAUCAUCGAGGUCAUGAAGAUCUUCAAAUCAGAGCCAACGAUGGUCGAAGUCUCUGUUGCGGACGACGAGCUCUUUUCAGUCUGUGGUGAUACGCACGGCCAGUUUUAUGACUUGCUCGAGCUGUUCAGAUUUAACGGCGAGCCCACCGAGAAACACAGCUAUCUGUUCAACGGCGACUUUGUCGACCGAGGAUCGUGGUCUACCGAGGUUGCUCUCCUACUCUUCUCUUACAAAUGGCUGUACCCUUCAAAGUUCUUCCUCAAUAGAGGAAACCACGAAGCCGACGAGAUGAACAAAGUCUACGGCUUUGAAGGCGAAUGCAAAGCAAAGUAUUCCGAAAAGAUCUUCAAAGUCUUUUCCGAAGCCUUUAGCACCAUCCCGCUCGCCACGCUCAUCGGAAACAACUACUUUGUCCUCCACGGCGGUCUGUUCUCCGACGACAGAAUCACUCUCGACGAUGUCCGCAAGUUCAACCGGUUCUCGCAAAAACAACCGGGCCAGAGCGGUCUCAUGAUGGAAAUGCUCUGGACCGAUCCGCAAACCCAGCCCGGUCGCGGCCCGAGCAAGAGAGGCGUCGGGCUUCAGUUUGGCCCGGAUGUCACGAGACGGUUCUGUGAUGCUAACAAGCUCAUGGCUGUUAUUCGGAGUCAUGAGGUUAGAAUGAAUGGAUACGAAAUCGAGCACGACGGUCGCUUGAUCACCGUCUUCUCCGCGCCCAAUUACUGUGAUACGCAAGGAAACAAGGGAGCCGUCAUCAAUAUCAAGAGUGAUUACGAGCUUAACUUUAAGACCUACGAAGCUGUUCCGCAUCCAGACAUCAAGCCCAUGGCAUACGCCAGCAAUCUCAUGAUGUAA